CACUCAGUGGGAACGCAUCCUAAGAUGAAAAUUACAAAAGUGAGCAAAUUCAUUAGAAUACUUCUAAUUUCAUUGACCAAUAUCUAGUGAAUUUACUUGAUUUCAAGAUGCACAAUCGAUUCGCGCGUAGCGUAGCACGAAAAUGUACAUACAUUUUAUUUAUUAGGCUAGUCACUAGAUUACCGGCAAUGUCAGAAAUAGCUACGUAGUUCCCAGUAAUUUAAAAAAAUGGCGUCCUGGCGGUAGUGGUAUAGUUUUAACGGUCAUCGAAAUCGCGGCCAUGGCCGGCAUCACCCCUCUCAGGUUUCUCUUUGGCCAUAGUCUGGACUUUGGAUGGAUAUCACCUUGAUAUUUAUUUUGAAUUUUGAAUCACAUUGCUACUUGCUAGGUACAUACAACUACGCCUACUGACCGAAUCGGCACUGAUCGGCGAGGUAAAAAACUGGGGAUCAUUUCUGAAGAAAAACGAGAAGAAUAUAUGUGCAAAACAGCCAUAUAGAUUAUAUUAUACCGUAUAUUAUAAAACAAAAAUUUUACUUCUUAAAAGCAAGAAAUAUCUGUAAUAAGGAAGAAAGAUUUGAUUAUUUGUUGUGUAUUUGUUUUUAUGAUUUAAAUAGUCAAGUUCUCCGAUACAGACGUCAACUAUGAGUUAUUUUAGCGAUUUACAUCAAAUAUCAGAUAUUUCCAGUAUUUCGGCAAUUUCCCAGUCCAGUAGCAGAUUAAUUAGUAGAAUAAAUUCAUCGCAAAGUUUGUUAGACAACCAGUCCAGUGCUACAAGAAAUAAUGAUAGAUUUACCAUAAACCAGGAAACAAAUGCGAUCGAAAAAACAAUAAACUCAUUGAUAUUAUGCGAAGAAAGUAUAAAUGAACAUGUCAAAUCUAAUAUUAUUUAUCAGUGUUUGAAGGAAGCAUCUUUAAACCACAAAGCUGUUCUAUCUAACAGCACAGCAAGAAAAUUACGAAUAUUGCUUUUAAUUCAUGAACUGGACAAGUAUAUGCAUCUUCCUUCAACAAUGAAACAUAUGCAAGAUAAAUUGAUACUUUUGGGAAUUAUUGAUUUACCGUCGUGUGACUUAAAUUCUGAUGAGAAAUUAGAGGUCAAGUGUUGCAUCGAGACAAUGCUACGAGAAGUAAUACAUGAUAUGAUUUUAAGAUAUGAAGCUUUAGGAGGAAAUGCUAAGGAAGCGUCAAAGAACAACGAAUGUAAGAUGCAUAACAAAUUCGUGGAAUAUUGUGAUGUGCCAGCAGCAGUACAAUGGAAAAAUAAAAUUCAAGAUUUAAUUCUGCAUUGCGAAAGUGACUUGCUGAAAUACAUAAACUUAAUGGACAAAUGGAACAAGUUGAAAUAUGAGGAUAUGAACCAAGCAUAUUUAGAAAAGACAGGAUAUUUAUUGUUGCAAGCGCAAGUUGCCGAGUUGCAAGCAAAAAUAACAAAGUUUUCUUGUACAAUCAGAAUGUUCAAAGAAACAUCGACUACUGUUGAUGCUUUCAAAAUGCUAAAUCAAUUAGUUGAAAAGAAAUUAAAAAUGAUUACUGAUGAAAUUCGCCAGAAAGAAGAUCUAAAAAAGCUGUACGAUAAUUUAAAAAAUACAGAAUAUGAUCAGAUAUUAUUAAUCUACUCACAGCUUUGCAAUGCAAUAAAAAAGAAAAAACAUAUCUUGGACAUAUUAAAAUAGGUUUGUAAAUAAAUG